GGACACAAACAAAAAAAAAAUUACUUGAAAUACAAUUUUCGAAAAGAACUCAAGAACCCAACUGAUAAUUCGUGCGGAUGACGCAUGUUUAAAAGUUCAAUUAAAUCAUGGUUGCGGUAUAUUUGUUUAUGAUGUUUGUAUAUAAAAGCUCAAUUGACUGCGGUAUGACAGUAGCGUACGCGCAACCUUUCCGUUCUCACUAUUGAAACAGUUUGCAUGCGAACGGUACCGGUACCGCAGUAGUUGUGAAUCGAUCACGCGAAGCAGACCGCUCGCGAUUUCGCGACACUGCGCGGAUUAUAUGUUUAUUUCAUCAUGAUUAAAAAAAUCACAAUCUAUGCCCUGCUGACGGUUUUCAUUGAAAAUUCUCAAGGACAAAAAUCGCAACAGAUAGCGCCCUUAGAAUGUCCAAGCUUAGACAGCGGAGACAGUUUUACUCAGUCGGAGUUCUUAUCAAGACUCGCAAACGAAUGCCGCUACGACCGGCUACUGCUGCCUACCUAUCAGACCGGUGACGUAGUCUACGUCCAUGCCAGCGCCUAUGUUUAUUUCAUUCAACCAGCAGAAGCACACGAUUUGAAUUUUAAACUUCACUUCCUUCUGCAACUGCGAUGGACGGACCCGCGCCUAGCGUACACACUCUACUCUCCGAAAAGAUCUAAAAUCAUAGGUGAAAAUGUUCUGAAACAAAGAAUAUGGGUGCCACAUCUAUACAUGUCGAACGAACAGUCGUCGAGUCUCAUGGGAACCGACAGUAAAGACGUUCUCAUUUCAAUUGCUCCCGACGGUGAAGUGCUUUUCAGCAGGCGAAUGCAGGCAGUGUUGUACUGUUGGAUGAAUCUACAGAAAUUCCCCUUUGACGAUCAGACAUGCUCUAUGAACUUGGAAAGCUGGAAAUAUAAUGCAUCGAUUCUACGUUUAAUGUGGGAAAAGGAUAAUCCAGUUCGCUUAUCAUCGGAACUACACCUGACAGAAUAUUCUCUCAUGGAUUUUUGGACGAACGAAUCUGUUGUCAGAGGCGAUAUAGCCAACAUGCGUCUUGGUGGAGCGGGUAAUUAUAGCGCCUUAAAAUUCACAUUCAAACUUGGUCGCGAGGUCGGUUACUAUCUCAUGGAUUAUUUUAUUCCAUCGAUGAUGAUAGUGGCAAUGUCGUGGGUUACGUUUUGGCUACAAGCGGACGCAUCAGCACCAAGAAUAACUUUAGGUACAAGCACAAUGUUAUCGUUUAUAACACUCGCAUCAUCGCAAGCGAAGACACUACCUAAAGUUUCAUAUAUCAAAGCUAGCGAGGUCUGGUUCUUAGGCUGCACCGGUUUCAUCUUCUCAGCUCUUGUAGAAUUUGCUUUUGUCAACACCAUUUGGAGAAGAAAGAAAGCGGUAAACUUAAAAAAGGUGAAUAGCAAAUACAUUCUGAAGAGCACGCUUACUCCGCGUUUGGCCCGUAAGGAACUUCAAAAAGAAAUACAAGAAUCUUCACCGCAACUUUCGAAAUCGAGAUCUUGCUCGUCGCUGCAGCAGGAGGGCAGCUGCAACGACCCAGCCGGUCCCGGUUACAACAACUACCUCACUGUGCACAGUUUCCCAUCGGCCCUAAAUUUACCAACGAUUACAACGCAGAGCUUUGACGGGCUGAUGGGAAGCCCCAGCAGCAAGUCUCACAAUGGCAGCGAGGAUUCCGACGAACCUCCCAAACGUCACACUUGGACUACAAUGACACCUCAGGAGAUCGCUACUUGGAUCGACAAACGAUCCCGAAUCCUAUUCCCACUAAUGUUUAUAUUCUUCAACGUUAUUUACUGGACAUUCGUGUAUUGCCUUUGAAAUGUUAUUACGAUGUAAUUGGUUUUUAUCGAACUCGGGAUCCUGCAUUAUAAUCAUAUUGAUUAUAAGUCGCGAAUCACGAAACUACUUUCGAUGCAUUUCACGUUUGCAAUAAACAUUCCUGUAUUGAAAAUAUUAAAUUAAUUAAGUUUAUUACAACUACAUUAAAACACAAACAGGAUAAAUAUGAAAAUAGGGAAUUCCGAGGUAGACAAAAAUUGUGAUUAACAAAAAGAAGUAAGACGUGCGAUCUUUCAAAUGAAAUCUUGCGUCAUUAGAGAAGUAGUUAACAUAAUAAAUUGACUUGAAAUGUCUGUCUAAUUGUAAUUUAUAAUAUGAAUGUCCUUAUAAAAUUAAUUUAAAAAAGUCACAAACCAUUUACCUUCAAGUUAUCUACACAGCAGCUUGGCUAUGCCCCUAGGCAUGUUUGACAUUCAUCGACAGUGAUCACCACUCAUCGCUUGCUUUAAAAUGCAAAAAUGCAAUGAGUUUAAAUAUAGUCAUAGAAAAAAGCAUUUACAAAAACUAGUUUUCGCCAAAUGAUUGAAAUUCGACAGUAAUCACUCACUCCUCUAGAUUGUUUUAUGUGUUAUAUUUUCUCCUCUGCUUUUUUUAUUUCACGAUUUGAAAAACUGAUAACCCUAAAGUAUGACUAAAAAAA